CCAACAUGGAGGGUCGGAGCUCGGCGCGCGACCGAGCGGCUCUCAGGACAACCUGGCAAGGGUUGCAAUGAAGGAAGAAAGGGAUAUAUAUAUCUCUAUCUAUUUUAAACCUCAGAACCUUUCUCUCUCUAUCUCUUUUUUAAAAUCGUUUAACUCGAGGAAGAAUAAAAAUUUUUGUUGAGUCGUGAUUUGAGGAAGCCAUGAGCUCGGGGGAAGGAGAGGACGUGUGUAAGGACGGAGCCGAUGUAGCGGCGCACUUCAGAGCCGACUGCUCUCUUCCGAAGUGUGAACCCAAGCUUGAUUUAGCGGGACACACAGGGUUCAACAGAAAUGAGGAGAUGAAGGCCAUCGAGGUGCUGCCUAUUCUGAAAGAGAAAGUGGCAUUUCUAUCAGGAGGUCGAGACAGACGAGGAGGCCCGGUUCUCACUUUCCCAGCCAGGACCAACCACGACAGAAUAAGACAGGAGGAUCUGCGACGCCUCAUUGCCUACCUCGCAGGCAUCCCCAGCGAGGAGGUCAGCAGGCAUGGCUUCACCGUCAUCGUGGACAUGCGAGGCUCCAAAUGGGACUCCAUCAAGCCUCUGCUGAAGAUCCUGCAGGAGUCCUUCCCGUCCUGCAUCCACGUUGCGCUCAUCAUCAAACCCGACAACUUCUGGCAGAAGCAGAGGACCAACUUCGGCAGCUCGAAGUUUGAGUUUGAGACAAUAAUGGUAUCUCUGGAGGGCUUGUCCAAGUUGGUGGACCCAUCACAGCUGACGGCCGAUCUGGAGGGAAGUCUGGACUAUGAUCAUGAUGAGUGGAUUGAGGUACGUGUGGCCUUUGAGGAGUUUGCAGGAAAUGUGGCACGCGCACUCGGCCGCCUCAAGGAGCUUCAGGAGCUGGUGUCACGCCGCGAGCUCCCUGGUGACCUGGAGGUGGCACGAUGUGCUAUGGAUGAGCACAGUGCUCUGAAGAAACGUGUAGCCAAGGCUCCAGCCGAGGAACUGGAGGCUGAGGGCCAACGGCUGCUGCAGCGUGUUCAGGCCGGCACGAAGACCGGUGGAGACGUACAGGGCCUGACGCCCAGGGUCUCAGCUCUGCUGGAGGAACUGCGCACUGCCCGCCAGCACCUGCACCAGGCAUGGCAUGGCCGAAAGCUCAAACUGGACCAGUGCUUCCAGUUGCGGCUCUUUGAGCAGGAUGCUGAGAAGAUGUUUGACUGGAUUGUUCACAACAAGGGCCUUUUCCUGACCAGCUACGCUGAGAUUGGUGCCAACCACCAGCAUGUACUAGAGCUGCAGACCCAGCACAACCACUUCGCUAUGAACUGCAUGAACGUAUACGUGAACAUCAGCCGCAUCGUAGCAGUGGGCAAGCGGCUCCUGGAGGGUGGUCACUACGCUACAAUGCAGAUCCAGCAGCUCUCAGCGCAGCUCGAGCGAGAGUGGAAGGCCUUCGCUUCAGCGCUCGAUGAGAGAAGCGCCAUGCUGGAGAUGUCAGCCAGCUUCCACCAGAAAGCAGACCAGUACCUGAAUAAUGUAGAGUCAUGGUGUAAGGCAUGUGGUGAAGGUGAACUCCCCUCAGAGCUACAGGACCUGGAAGAUACCAUUCACCACCACCAAGGUCUCUACGAACACAUCACAGCUGCUUACUCAGAGGUGAGUCAAGACGGGAAAGCCCUGUUGGACAAACUCCAGCGCCCUUUGACUCAAGGCAGCGCUGAUUCAUUAACAGCAUCGGUCAACUACUCCAAGGCAGUGAACCAUGUCCUGGACAUCAUCCACGAGGUGCUGCACCACCAGCGGCAGCUGGAGAACGUCUGGCAGCACCGCAAACUCCGCCUGCACCAGCGCCUGCAACUAUGCGUCUUCCAACAAGAUGUCCAACAGGUGCUGGACUGGAUCGAGAAUCACGGUGAGGCAUUCCUCAGUAAGCACACGGGCGUGGGGAAGUCCCUGCACCGAGCACGGGCUUUGCAGAAACGCCAUGAAGAUUUCGAAGAGGUGGCGCAGAACACGUACACUAAUGCCGAUAAGCUGCUGGAGGCGGCCGAACAGCUGGCCCAGACUGGCGAGUGCGACCCGGAGGAGAUCUACCAGGCUGCCCACCAGUUACAAGACCGGAUCCAGGACUUUGUGAGGCGUGUGGAGCAGAGAAAAGUCCUGCUAGACAUGUCCGUGGCCUUCCAUACUCACGGCAAAGAGCUAUGGACGUGGUUGGAGGAGCUGCAGAAGGAGCUGUUGGAUGACGUGUACGCUGAGUCGGUGGAGGCCGUGCAGGAUCUGAUCAAGCGCUUCGGGCAGCAGCAGCAGACCACGCUGCAGUUCACUGUCAAUGUCAUCAAAGAGGGAGAGGAGCUCAUUCAGCAGCUCAGAGACUCUGCGAUCUCCAGUAAUAAAACGCCGCACAACAGCUCGAUGGCGCACAUCGAAAGCGUGCUGCAGCAGCUGGAUGAGGCUCAGGCUCGCAUGGAGGAGCUCUUUCAGGAGCGGAAGAUCAAGCUGGAGCUCUUCCUCCAGCUGCGCAUCUUCGAGAGGGACGCCAUCGACGUGAUCUCGGACCUGGAGUCGUGGAGUGAUGAGUUGUCUCAGCAGCUCAGGGAGUUUGACACUGAGGAGUUGACUGUGGCUGAGCAGAGGCUUCAGCAGCACGCAGAGAAAGCGCUGACUAUGAACAACCUGACGUUCCAAGCCAUCCACCAGGGCCAGGAGCUGCUGCAGUACGUCACUGAAGUGCAGGCCUCAGGUAUAGAGUUGUUGUGUGACCGGGAUGUAGACAUGGCCACACGUGUUCAGGAUCUGCUGGACUUUCUGCACGAAAAGCAGCAGGAGCUGGACGCAGCGGCUGAGCAACAUCGCCGUCACCUGGAGCAGUGUGUCCAGCUGUGCCACCUACAGGCUGAGGUCAAACAGGUCCUGGGAUGGAUCCGUAAUGGUGAGUCCAUGCUGAACGCUGGCCUGAUCACAGCCAGUUCUCUGCAGGAGGCCGAGCAGCUACAGAGGGAACACGAGCAGUUCCAGCAUGCCAUCGAGAAGACACACCAGAGCGCGUUGCAGGUGCAGCAGAAGGCCGAGGCUAUGCUACAGGCGGCUCACUACGAUGCAGAGACCAUCCGCGAGUGUGCUGAGAAGGUGGCGUCUCACUGGCAGCAGCUCAUGCUCAAGAUGGAGGACCGGCUCAAACUAGUCAACGCUUCCGUGGCCUUCUACAAAACCUCAGAGCAGGUGUGCAGUGUAUUAGAGAGUCUGGAGCAGGAGUAUAAGCGGGAGGAGGACUGGUGCGGAGGAUCCGAUAAGCUCGGGCCGAACUCCGAGUCGGAUCACGUGACCCCAAUGAUCAGCAAACACCUGGAGCAGAAGGAGGCGUUCCUCAAGGCAUGCACCUUGGCACGACGCAAUGCAGACGUGUUUAUGAAGUACCUGCACAGGAACAGUGUGAACAUGCCGGGCAUGCUGGCACAGAUAAAAGCUCCAGAACAGCAAGUCAAGAAUAUCCUGAAUGAGCUGCUGCAGAGGGAGAACAGAGUUCUUCACUUCUGGACGAUGAGGAAGAGGAGGCUCGACCAGUGUCAGCAGUAUGUGGUGUUUGAGCGCAGCGCAAAGCAGGCUCUGGAGUGGAUCCACGAUACGGGCGACUUCUACUUGUCCACGCACACAUCGACAGGCUCCAGCAUCCAGCACACACAGGAGCUGCUGAAGGAGCAUGAGGAGUUUCAGAUCACAGCUAAGCAAACCAAAGAGCGGGUGAAGCUGUUGAUCCAGCUGGCAGACGGCUUUUGUGAAAAGGGCCACUCCCAUGCGGGCGAGAUCAAGAAAUGGGUGGUAUCAGUGGACAAGCGCUACCACGACUUCUCGCUCCGUAUGGACAAAUACCACUGCUGUCUGGAAAAAGCGCUGGGGAUAUCCUCAGAUUCCAACAAGAGCAGAGACUUGCAGCUGGACAUCAUUUCGGCGAGCGCGCCUGGAGCUGAGGUCAAGCUCCGAGACGCCAAUCAUGAGCUCAAUGAAGAGAAGCGCAGGUCGGCUCGGCGAAAAGAGUUCAUAAUGGCCGAGCUGAUUCAGACAGAGAAGGCCUACGUCAGAGACCUGCACGAGUGCAUGGACACGUAUUUUUGGGAGAUGACCAGCGGUGUGGAGGAGAUUCCACCGAGGAUCGUCAACAAAGAGCACAUCAUCUUCGGCAACAUGCAGGACCUCUAUGAGUUCCACCAAAACAUUUUCCUGAAAGAGCUGGAGAAAUACGAGCAGCUGCCUGAAGAUGUCGGCCACUGCUUCGUCACGUGGGCGGACAAGUUCCAGAUGUACGUGAACUACUGUAAGAACAAGCCGGACUCCACACAGCUCAUCUUGGAUCACGCCAGCUCAUACUUUGACGAGAUCCAGCAGAGACACAGGCUGGCAAACUCCAUCUCCUCCUAUCUCAUUAAACCUGUGCAGAGAAUCACCAAGUACCAGCUGCUCCUCAAGGAGCUUCUGACAUGUUGUGAGGAGGGCAAAGGUGAGAUCAAGGAUGGCCUGGAGGUCAUGCUCAGCGUGCCCAAGAAAGCCAACGAUGCCAUGCACCUCAGCAUGCUAGAAGGUUUUGAUGAGAAUCUCGAGUCUCAGGGCGAGCUCAUCCUGCAGGAGUCUUUUCAGGUGUGGGACCCGAAGACGCUGAUCCGCAAGGGCCGAGAUCGCCACCUCUUCCUGUUUGAGAUGUCUCUCAUCUUCAGCAAAGAUGUCAAAGACUCCAACGGCAGGAGCAAGUACCUCUACAAAAGCAAGCUACUGACCUCCGUAUUGGGAGUGACGGAGCACGUGGAAGGAGAUCCGUGUAAAUUUGCACUCUGGGUCGGGCGCACGCCUACCUCAGACAACAAGAUCGUCCUGAAGGCCUCCAGUAUUGAGAAUAAGCAGGAGUGGAUCAAACACGUGCGUGAGGUGAUUCAGGAACGUACCAUUCACCUGCGGGGGGCUCUGAAAGAACCCAUCCACAUCCCCAAAACUACCACAGGAGCAAGACUGAAGGGAAGAAGAGAGGGGGAGGAGCUGGACAGUCAGGGCGAUGUGAGCAGCCAGCCAGACACGAUCUCCAUCGCAUCCCGCACCUCCCAGAACACCCUGGACAGUGACAAGCUGUCUGGUGGCUGCGAGUUGACGGUGGUCAUCCACGACUUCAUGGCCAGCAACGGAUCAGAGCUGAGCGUGAGGCGAGGUCAGACGGUGGAGGUGCUGGAGAGGUCUCAGGACAAACCCGAUUGGUGCCUGGUGCGCACCACCGACCGCUCGCCUGCCCAGGAAGGCUUGGUGCCCAGCGCCAUGCUCUGCAUUGCCCACUCCCGCAGCAGCAUGGAGAUGGAGGGGAUCUUCAACCAUAAAGACGCUCUCUCCGUGUCUAGUAAUGAUGGGGGAAUGUCAGGCUGUGCCACCUUGCAGCCAGGGCACCUGCACGGCUCGCCGGGUGCCAAGCGUCCAGGAAAUACCCUGCGCAAAUGGCUGACGAGCCCAGUGCGGCGUCUCAGCAGCGGUAAAGCAGACGGACACGCCAAGAAACUCGCGCAUAAGCACAAGAAGAACCGCAAGAGCGGCGAAUCACAGAGGGACUCGGACGAGAACGCAGCAACACCGCAGGAUGAGACUGUCGAGGAGAGGAUGAGAUUUGAGGGCCUGAGCAGCGGCACACUUUCCAAAUCGUCCUCUUCGGGCAUGCAGAGCUGUGGAGAGGAAGAGGGAGAAGAGGGCGCUGAUGCCGUGCCCCUUCCGCCACCAAUGGCGAUCCAACAGCACAGCCUCCUCCAUCAGGACUCGCAGGACGAAAAGGCUUCCCGUCUUUCUGGGCGGCCCAGCAGUUCAGACACCCCCAGUGCUGCUGAACUUGUCAGUGCCAUUGAGGAACUCGUCAAGAGCAAGAUGAAUCUGGAGGAUCGGCCAAGCUCCCUCUCAGUUGAGCAUAUAGACAGCAACAGUUUCUCCUGUAACCCCUCAGAUAACUCCCUGCUCUCUUCUUCUUCACCUGCGGAGGAGAUGGAUGAACGCAAGACAGGCAUCCUCAAGAAACGCCACUAUGUGCUUUUGGAGCUGGUGGAGACAGAGCGAGACUAUGUUAGAGACCUGGGUGCGGUGGUGGAGGGCUACAUGAGCCGGAUGAAGGAGGAGGGGGUUCCGGAUGACAUGAAGGGCAAAGACAAGAUCGUGUUCGGAAACAUUCAUCAGAUCUACGAUUGGCAUAAAGACUUCUUCUUGGCCGAACUAGAAAAGUGCCUGGAGGAUCCUAAUAGGCUAGCGCCCUUGUUCAUCAAACAGGAACGCCGGUUACACAUGUACAUCGUCUACUGCCAGAACAAGCCCAAAUCUGAGCACAUUGUCUCCGAGUACAUAGACACAUACUUUGAGGAUCUAAAGCAGCGCUUGGGCCACAGGCUGCAGAUCACAGACCUGCUUAUCAAACCCGUGCAGAGGAUCAUGAAGUAUCAGCUCCUGCUGAAGGAUUUCCUAAAGUUCUCCAAAAAGGCUGGCGUUGAUUCGGCAGAACUAGAGAAAGCCGUGGAGGUCAUGUGUGUUGUGCCCAAACGCUGCAAUGACAUGAUGAACGUGGGACGUCUCCAGGGCUUUGAUGGGAAAAUUGUAGCUCAAGGACGGCUCCUCCUCCAAGACACAUUCAUGGUGUCGGAUCAGGACUCCAGCCUACUCUCCCGAGCCAAGGAGAGGCGCAUCUUCCUCUUCGAGCAGAUUGUCAUCUUCAGUGAGCCACUGGAUAAGAAGAAGGGCUUCUCCACACCAGGCUACCUGUUCAAGAACAGCAUCAAGGUCAGUUGGUUGGGCCUGGAGGAGAGUUCAGACAGCGACCAUUGUAGGUUCAUUCUCACCUCGAGGUCAUCCACAGGAGGCACCGAGCGUUUCGUCAUCCACUCGUCUAGCCCAUCCGUGUGUCAUGCGUGGGUACAGCAGAUCAGCAGCAUCCUGGAGAACCAGAGGAAUUUCCUCAAUGCACUAACGUCUCCCAUCGAGUACCAGCGGAAUCACGUGGGUGCGAGCACUUCAAACCCAGGCGGCAGCGUCGCCGUCGGCUCCCGACCUCGUGGAUCCAGAAUUCCCCAGCCCAUGCAGCCCCACCCCCCAUCAGGUACGUUCCCUGAGAUGUUCGGGACACGCCCGCUUGAGGUCGCCUUGAAUGAGCAGCGCGAGGAGGCCCGUUCAGCCCCUCGAGCCGCGGUGUCCCCAAUGUCCCUUGCUUUGUCCAGACCUCGAUCAGGGCUCCAUUCACCACUAAUCUCACCUUCGACAAACCCCCCGAGUUCAUGCCUUUCCGGCUCCAAAGCCUCCUCGUCCUCAAUUUGGGCUCCGGUUCCAGAGCAGAACCAGAAGCGCAAGGAACCGGACCGCGUCAGCACGUGCUCCUCGGCCAGCGAGCACUCCCUGCACAGCAACGGGAGUGAAAGCAGCAGCAGCAGCAAUAGCGGCGUGUCCACCAUGCUGGUGACGCAGGACUACGUGGCUUUAAAAGAGGAUGAGAUCAGCGUGCAUCAGGGCGAGGCCGUGCAGAUCCUGGCUUCCAACCAGCAGAGCAUGUUCCUGGUGUUUCGAGCUCCCACAGAACAGGGCCCAGCAGCCGAGGGCUGGAUCCCCGCCCACGUGCUGGGCCACACCUCCACCCGUGCCCCCGACUACACCCACAGCACCCUCAAGAAGUCCUCGUCAUGGCACACGGCGUUGCGCAUCCGCCGCAAAUCAGAGAAGAGAGAAAAGGAGGGAAGGAAAGAGUCCCGGCAGGAGAAUAAGGUUUCUGUAAAGCUUCUAAAUCCGAACUAUAUCUACGAUGUUCCGCCAGAGUUUCUGGUGCCGCUGAGCGACGUGGCGUGCGAGAGCGGAGAUAGCGUGACCUUGCGCUGUAAGGUCGGAGGUCAGCCGCGAGCCUCGGUCUCCUGGCGAGGACCAGAUCUGAGCACACUGAGCGAAGGAGGACGAUACACACUGACGCACAGUGAGACGGGCGAGGUGACCCUGUGCAUUUCACCCGUUACUGUAGAGGACAGCGGGACCUACACCUGCACCGCCGCCAACGAUGUCGCGACAGUCACUUCGUCCGCCUGCCUCGGAGUUCAAGGUACCUACGGUGAUGGAAUCGUCUGGAAGGAGAAUUUUGAGUCGCUCUACACUGAAGUGAUGGAGCUCGGGAGAGGCAGGUUCUCCGUGGCUAAGUGGUGCGAGCAGCAAGGUUCACGGCGCUCAGUGGUAGCAAAGCUGGUGAACAAGAAGCUUAUGCGUCGUGAGCAGGUGAUGAGGGAGCUGAAUGUGCUUCGCUGCCUGCAGCAUCCCAACGUGGUGGGCCUGCUCGAUACGUUCGAGACCAACACCAGCUACGUGCUCGUGCUGGAAAUGGCUGAUCAGGGCCGUCUCCUGGACUACAUUGUGAGCUGGGGGAACCUGACUGAGGAGAAGGUGGCUCUCUACCUGCGGGACAUAUUAGAAGCUUUACAUUACCUACAUACCUGCAGAAUAGCUCAUCUCGACCUGAAGCCUGAGAACAUAGUGGUGGAGCAGGCAUCUGCUCAUUCUGUUGUCAAGCUGACUGAUUUUGGCGAUGCCAUGCUCCUAUCCUCUUCCCCCUACAUCCACCCUCUGGUGGGCAGCCCUGAGUUCAGUGCACCUGAAGUGGUCCUGGGAGAGCCAGUGUCUUUAAUGUCAGAUCUCUGGAGCGUGGGUGUUCUGGCAUACGUGUUACUCAGCGGCGCCUCCCCAUUCUUAGAUGAGAGCGCCGAGGAGACGUGCGUCAACAUCUGCCGUCUGGACUUCAGCUUCCCCGGAGACUAUUUUGGAGGUGUGAGCAGAGCAGCGCGCGAUUUUGUGUGUUUGCUAUUACACUCCGAAGCAGCCAGGCGACCCUCGGCUCAGGCCUGCUUGCAGGGCGAGCCAUGGCUCCGUCCCCGAGCUGCCUCGGGUUUGGUCCGUCUUGACACAGCACGACUUGUGGCCUUCAUUGAGAGGCGCAAGCACCAGAGUGACAUGAGGCCGAUGGAUAACCUGAGGGCAUUUUUAAGAAGCCGGCUGUUGGGUAAGGCAUGACCGAGCACGGAGGGUUCUCCCCAAAAAAUGAUUCUCUUCUAUACAGCGGCGUACUGGUGUAAUGAAAAUGGAUUCCUCGGGCAGGUAUGAGGGAGCCUAGAGCAAGAAGAAAGCCUGGAGUCCGGAAGGACCCUUGAGGGUGGAGGAAACAAAGGAGCAAGACUCAACCUGUAACUCUGAGCCCUCGGUCUGAGUGAGCCAUCGAUUAAGCCCUAGCAAUCACCUCAUCCAUCGGAAGUCCCUGUCUCAUGUUUUUUCAUGAUGUUAAGCACAUAAUACCUGGUGAAAAGUUCCAGAAGAAGGAACUGGAUUCCUCAGGCAGCUGAGAGGGAGUUUGGAAGACGGAGGGAGCAUGGAGGAACCCGGAUGUCCAGCAAAUACCUCAUCCUCUGCAAAACUAUCCUGGGAAGUGCCGAGUCGAUCCCUGCGGUUCCUUGAGAUUGGAGACUUCUGACAUUUUGGGGACUCGUGAACGCUCCAAAGGAAGAAUGUGAGCGAAAAUCUUACAGAAAAAUUUAUAAAUAAAAAACCCAACUGGAAUCUCGUCCUCUUUUUUAAAGCCACAUUCCACAGUAAUGUGGCAUGUUGAUUGUACACUGCUGCUGCUGCUGCUGCUGUUGCUGACAAAACCCGAACAACUGCUUCCCAACCCUUGAAAACCCUAAGAUGCUGAAUUUACCCGAACAACCGCUUCCCAACUGUUGAAAAGCCUAAGACGCUGAAUUUGGAAAUAAAUCCAAAUCUCAUGAGCCUCAUUAUCAUAUCCUGUUUGUACAGAGAAUGCACAGAAGCACAAACAAGACUUUUUUUUGUUUGUUUGUUUUUUUGAGAGUUUUCUUCUACGAGCCAGUAAAGGGCAAGCCUUUUGUUUUUGGCAGUAUUUUGAAUCAGGUUGUUGCAGUACUGUAUAGCUGUAUUCAGGAAAGCAUUUUGUAUAAAAUAUGUAUAAAAGCACAGUAAAGGAGUAAGAAGUUUUGGAGUAAAAAAAUAAAAUAAAAAUCAUUUUAUA